CCUCGUAUCGUUCUGUCUCUCUCGAUUCCUCAAGCAGAAUCAGUAUAUAUAUAUCAUCACUUUCUUCCAGAUAGCUGUCAUCAAGUUCUUUCUGUUGUGAGAGUACACGAAGGAAUCACAGCGAAAGCAUGGAGUCCAGAAUUGUUCAUACUACCGAUCAUCACAAGAGGCCAAGCGUCGUGGAGGAGCUUGGUCCAGAGGAGAAGAAGAAGAAGAAGACGAUAAUAAAGUACAAAGAGUGCCUAAAGAACCAUGCAGCUUCGAUGGGAGGGCAUGCAACAGAUGGGUGUGGCGAGUUCAUGGCUGAAGGAGAAGAAGGCACGCCUGACUCUCUCAAGUGCUCAGCUUGCAAGUGUCACAGAAACUUCCACAGAAAACACUUUGAAGCUGAAGAUUCUGAUGAUAAUAGCCCUUCUUCUCUACAUUAUGAUUAUCAUCCUCAUCCUCAUCAUCUUCUUCUUUAUUCACAGAAGCUUCCAGAUCAUGAUGGUGCAGAUGAUCAUCAGGUCAUGAAACCCUUGUUGAUCAAUGAUUUGUGUCUGGGAAGUUACAAUAAUAAAAGCGGCUCAAAUGCUUCUUCAGAUCGUGAGUCUGAUGAGAAGAGGGUGAUGACGAGGAAGAGGUUCAGGACCAAGUUCAGUGAAGAGCAGAAGGAGAAGAUGCUGAGAUUUGCAGAGAAGGUUGGGUGGAGGAUGCAGAAGGGGGAUGAAUCCAUGGUUCAGCAGUUCUGUGAAGAACUUGGAAUCAAGAGAAGAGUGCUCAAAGUGUGGAUGCACAAUAACAAGAACACUUUCUCCAAGAGAAACCUCAUAAUCUCCUCCACCUAAAUUAAUUUUCAUUGCAAUUUCUCAUUCCUCAUGAGGCUUUUGUUAUUGCCCUUUCAUUAGUACUGACUUAUUUUUCUCACCCUUUUCCUUCCUGGCCAACUACUUUUAUUUUUUGAUAUAAUUUUAUCUGAUUGAAUCAUAUUCCAGCAUUGACAGAUCAGAUUAAAAGUACCUCUUUCAAAAUUUUUAAGCAUUUUCUGCAUUCACAAACUCAAUUGCGACCUUAUUCUUAAGCAGUCACAUAUAGAUCAUCCCCUAGAACCAAUACCUAUUAGUUCCUUCCUGGCCAACUAUUGUUUGUUUGCUUUCAAAGGAUUGCUGCGCCUGAGUUUGAGGAAUUAUUGUAGUA